AUGCUCCAAUUAGCACGCAGCAAAAUCAGUACCGAAAUAAGCGGUAUUGGGGCCUUAACCACUAAAUCAUACCAAGGUGGUUUUGUUGGUCUCCAAUCAUUGCACAAUGGAUUUUCUUCGAUGUUAGAGAUAGUCAUAUUACCAUCGAUUUCCUCGCAUCAACCCCAUAAAUUUAUCGAUGUAACAAAUUGGGGAAUACCAAAAAACAUUAGUCUAGCUGAUCGCACGUUUAACUGCCCUGGACCAACUGAUCUGCUUAUCGGGGCUGGGCUUUUCUUCGAUAUACUCUCGGUGGGUCAGAUUAAGUUAGACAAACAUCUUCCAUCAGUACAAAAAACGCAGCUGGGCUGGAUCAUAGCUGGCACUAUUCAUUCACGACCCUUGGUAUCAUCGUCGACUCUGCUUAGUUCAUCGCCACCCCUCAUCCCUUCCAGCAUACUUACCACAACAGCGCAGCCAUCGUUAGAUACUCUUUUAGAGAAAUUCUGGAAAAUAGAAGAUAGCUACCACUCUCGAAAGGUUGAGCGUAGGUUGGAAGAGGCCGAGUGUGAGACUUAUUUCCAAAAAACAACAUCGCAUUGCCCUGUAACAAAUAAAUUUAUUGUUCGCUUACCCUUCUCGACAAGUCCAGGUAAGCUUGGUCAUUCAUACGAAAUUACUCGUCGUAGAUUUUGGUCAUUGGAGAAGAGAUUACUCACAGACCAAGCGAUAAAAAACGAAUAUAAAAGCUUUAUGGAAGAAUAUAUUGAAUUGAAUCACAUGGCCUUAGUACAACCAUGUGAAUUAUCAUCGAAGGCUGGUACGUAUAUCCCUCAUCAUUGUGUGUCGCACGUCAAAUGGGGUUUCGCUGAAUGA